AUGAGCAGGCUUACCGUCGACUCUGCAGCCGAUGGAUUGAGCAGUACCCAAAACCUCCUUGACAGUACCAGACAACUCCUUGGCAAAGGACUUGGAUCUCAUCUCACGGGCAAUGUUGAUGAUCUCAUCGAAGGCAAUGCUACCGUUGUGCUUGACGUUCUUCUCCUUCUUUCUGUCUCUUGGGGGUUCCUUAAGAGCAGUGAUGAGGAGAGAAGAGGCAGAGGGAACAACCGAGACAGCGGCUUGACGGUUUUGGAUGGUCAAUUGAACAGUGACACGGAUACCCUUGAAGUUCUUGGUGGCCUUGGCGAUAUCUUCACCGACCUUCUUGGGGGAGAGACCAAGAGGACCGAUCUUGGGGGCAAGAGUGGCAGAAGCACCAACUUCACCACCGACAGCACGGAGGAAGAGGAUUUUAACUUCGUUGGGGUCGAUCUAAAUUGA